AUGUCACAAUCAUCCCCUGAAACAACCAAACCUACCGAACCAUCGCAUUGCAGGCUCGAUGGAGGCAUUGAAUACAAAGAUCUUUCGCCAGAGCAAAGGGAAGUCAGUGAUAUCCUUGGUCGCAUGGAAUGCGAUCCUUAUUUAUCAGCCUAUGUCCACCUUGGUAGCGAUGGUGUUAUUCGCUUGAUCGAUGCUGAGAGCAAUAUUCUUCACGCUGAACCUCUACGUCCUAUUUUAAUUAAAGGAUUUCUUGAUCGUUUACCUUAUGAUAAGGAAGCAGAGAGGUCUUUUCGCGGUAUCGAUGGGACUACAGUACCUAAAGAGCAGUGGUAUAAUCCACCAGAAGGUGUAAUUCCUCCUCCAAUGCAGAAGGAGAUGCGGAAGGAAGGGCAAGAGGCUAUGGAGAAGUAUAAGGAAAAGUUCGACAAAAUUCGCCAGGAUCUUGAGAGUAGUAUUCACGAGGAGCGUCUUGUGUACCUGUCAUCAGACCAUAAAAUUUAUUAG